CAAUCAGAAUAAUGUUCAACAUAAACCUGUUGGAGAACCUGAAGGUUUACAUCAGCAGUCGACCUCCGCUUGUGGUCUUUAUGAUCAGCGUGAGUGCUAUGGCAAUAGCUUUUCUGACACUGGGUUAUUUCUUCAAAAUCAAGGAGAUCAAGUCGCCAGAAAUGACCGAGGACUGGAACACUUUUCUUCUGAGGUUUAAUGAUUUGGACUUCUGUAUAUCUGAGAAUGAAACCUUGAAGCAUCUCAUCAACGAUACCACGACUCCAGAAAGCACCGUGACGAGCGGACAGGCGAGGUCUUCCACGCAGUCCCCACAAACCCUGGAGGACUCGGGUCCCAUAAACAUCUCUGUUACGAUCACGUUGACGCUGGACCCGCUCCGGCCGUUUGGCGGAUAUUCUCGCAACGUCACGCAUCUGAGUUCCACAAUUUUUGGACACCAAAUUGGACUCUCAGGCAGAGAAUCCCACGAGGAGAUCAAUAUCACCUUCACCCUGCCGGCCGCCUGGAAUUCAGACGACUGCGUCCUUCAUGGCCACUGCGAGCAGGUGGUGUUCACAACCUGCAUGACAGUGACAGCAGCCAGCAGCGUAUUUCCUGUCACAGUUCAGCCACCACAUUGUGUUCCUGAGACAUACAGCAAUGCUACGCUGUGGUACAAGAUCUUCACCACAGCGAGGGACUCCAAUACAAAAUACGCACAGGAUUACAACCCCUUCUGGUGUUACAAAGGAGCAAUCGGAAAAGUCUAUCAUGCUUUAAAUCCCAAACUCACUGUUAUAGUUCCAGAUGAUGAUCGCUCUCUAAUAAACCUGCAUCUCAUGCACACCAGUUACUUCCUUUUUGUGAUGGUGAUUACAAUGUUCUGCUAUGCAGUUAUUAAAGGCAGACCGAGCAAGCUGCGGCAAAGCAAUACAGAAUUCUGCUCUGAAAAGGCUGCUUUGUCGGAAGCAUAAUCCAUCCUCUCCUUCUACUGAGAAUGACUGAGAACCGAAAUCAUUGCCUGCUGAGCCCAGAACGGGUCUUGACACUCUGUGAAUACAUUACCCUGCAAUGUUGGUUUAUUCCAACCAAAGACAUUUCAAGUGCCUGUAAUUGAUUUGUACAUAUUUAUAGAAGUAUAUUCAGAAUAGGUCAGAUGAUGAUGCACUUGUUCCGCAUUGUAGUGCGGCCGGAAACUUUCAGUCUUUACCUGUGGACAUAGCCGAAUGUUUGUGUAGAUAUGUUUAGUGAUAUGGCUACAUAUAGUCAGAGCAAGAUAUUUUUGUCUAGCUGCAUCUGGGCAGGUUAAGAUGCCUUUGCAAGUGUCUCAAACGAACCAACAGAUCUUCGGUUGUUUUUUUUUGCCCAAUGAUAUGUACAGUGUGUUUGAAACAGUAUGCACCUUUGAUAUAAUACUGCAUUUCCAAAGCCACCCAUGUACUACAUGAAUUAAAUGUGUAUUUGUGUGGCCUAAUACUUUCUUCCAUUUGCUCCUUGCUUGCAAGAAAAGAUAUCAACAUUUUAGAUUUUUUUUUUUGGAAAAAAAAAAUACAUAUUCACAUUUUAAUAGUGCUGUAUUUAGGACA